UCUGUGUGACCAGUGUUCUUUUCAGUUUUAGUUUUGGGGGGUUACAAAUAGAGCACACUGGUGCAAGAAGAAGAACAAGAAGAAGACCAAGAAGGUGGCUCUCUCUGUUCAUGGUGUGAUUCAAUUCGAACUCCUCAGUCCCCAGAGUUUGUAGAACAAGUUGGUGGAGAAUUAGGGGAAUUGAGGCAGCAUUGUUGUAGAAAGUUCAUAAGAGAGUAAAGAAGAAAUAGGCAUAUGGAGUGCAAUAAAGACGAGGGUAUCAGGGCGAAAGAGAUUGCAGAGAGGAAGUUCAAUGACAAUGAUAUAGUGGGGGCGAAGAAAUUUGCGCUGAAGGCUCAAUCUUUGUAUCCGGGGAUUGAUGGUAUCCAGAAGCUUCUGGCGACACUUGAUGUAUAUAUAUGUGCAGAGAACAAGAUAGGUGGGGAAGCUGAUUGGUAUAGCAUACUAGGUGUGUCUCCUGAGGCAGAUAACGAGACAGUGAAGAAACAGUUCAAAACGCUAGCUCUUAGUCUUCACCCCGAUAGGAAUAAGUCUGUAGGGGCCGGUGGAGCAUUCAAUUUACUUAAGAAUGCGUUGGAUUUGUUGUCUGAUAAAGCUAAGAGAGCAGAUUAUGACAUGAGGAGGAAUGUAGUACACCAGAAUGUUUCAACUACAAAUCGGGCUACAAAGGGGGCCAAUGGUUCUUUCCACCAGAAAGUUUCAACAAUGCAAAGUUCACAGGGAGCCAAUGGUUCUGCUUACCAGAAUGUUUCAACCGGAGCUCAAGGUUCACAUGGGGCCAAUGCUUCUGUUCAUCAGAAAGGUUCAACUGCUCAAAGUUCACAGGGAGUCAAUGAUUAUGAUCACCAGAAAGUUCGAACUGGAGCUCAAGGUUCCCAUGAGGCCAAUGGUUCAACAUCGAAGGGUAGAGGAUCUAAUGCAAAGGCUCAGACGGGUACCAAACGACCAGCUCCCUCUUCUGGUCCUGCUUCUGUCAAACCAAUACCCACUAGCUUUUGGAGCGAGUGUCCAAAAUGCAAGAUGCGAUUCGAGUAUGCAGGAAGGCAUCUCAUGUCUAAUGUUUUUUGUGUGGAUUGUAAUAAACUAUUUCAGCUAGUAGAAAUGGUUCCACCUGCAGCUACGUGUGGUUCAAAUUCAAAAAUCCCAUUUUGUGCAGGAAGCACUCCAGCCUCUGAAAAUAUUGGAGAGACAGAGUUUAUCAGUCAUGUGUCAUUCACGCAAAAGAGUGUACACUGGACUCCAUUUUCAAGAGCUGCUGGCGCUUCUCAAGCUUCAAGGGUAGACUCGAAAGGGAGGAAAUGCAAGGAUAAGCGAGCAUCUUAGAAAGGGAGGAAAUGCGAAAUUGAUGAGGAGACACUGGAAAAUGCAAGAGAGAGUAUUAGAAGGAAUCUGAACGACGAUGAAAAUAAAAAGAGGUUCGAUGCCAGAGUAAAGAAGAACUCUGAAGCCAGCCGAAAGAAGGAGGAUGAUAUUGGGGAGCUGUAGCAUGAAUGUGUCAGGGGAGCUGCAAUGGCAAUUCAACAUUGGGUUUCGCCAACUGUUCCUAUGGGCAUGAGGAAAAUUCAAGAAACAUCAUACUUUAGGUUUCUCCUGGAACUUGUCCAGGUAAUAGCUA